AUGGCCGCUAUUUUCGAGCAGUCUCGGAACUCUGGCACUCUCUUUCUCGGGGGUCAGAAACUCUCAGGGCAGGAUAUUCGUGACCAAAAUGUACUUGCUACUCAAGCCAUUGCAAAUGUCGUCAAGAGCUCUUUCGGCCCCUCUGGCCUCGAUAAAAUGAUGGUCGACGACAUCGGCGACGUCACCGUAACUAAUGAUGGAGCAACCAUCCUAAGCCUGCUGGACGUCGAACAUCCUGCUGGAAAGAUCCUCGUAGACCUGGCACAACAGCAGGACAAGGAGGUGGGAGAUGGAACUACUUCUGUCGUCCUUAUUGCUGCCGAGCUUCUUCGCCGAGGAAACGAAUUAAUGAGAAACCGAAUACACCCAACGACUAUCAUUACUGGCUACCGGUUAGCGCUCCGCGAGGCGGUGAAAUAUAUGAAUGAGAAUAUAAGCACCAAAGUCGAGACGCUUGGAAGGGAAAGCUUGAUAAACAUUGCUAAGACAUCCAUGUCAAGCAAGAUAAUUGGCUCAGAUGCAGACUUCUUUGCCAAUAUGGUCGUUGAUGCCAUAUCGUCGGUCAAGACUUUGAGUCCAAGGAGCGAAAUCAAGUAUCCCGUCAAAGCAGUAAAUAUCCUCAAAGCACAUGGCAAGAGUGCUACCGAAUCGAUGUUGGUCAGCGGUUAUGCCUUGAAUUGCACGGUGGCCUCGCAAGCCAUGCCCACGCGAAUUGUCGAUGCGAAAAUCGCUUGUCUUGAUAUGAAUUUACAGAAGGAAAGGAUGAAACUCGGAGUCCACAUUACCGUGGAAGACCCAACGCAGCUUGAAAAGAUUCGGGAACGGGAGUCCGGAAUAGUUCUGGAACGUGUGGAAAUGAUCUUAAAAGCCGGUGCGAAUGUAAUUCUCACGACCAAGGGAAUCGACGAUUUAUGUCUCAAGAUGUUUGUUGAAAGGGGUGCUAUGGCCGUUAGACGGUGUAAAAAGGAAGACUUGCGGCGAAUCGCAAAGGCCACCGGUGCUACCCUGCUCAGUACUCUAUCCGAUCUCAAUGGUGAUGAGAAAUUUGAACCCUCCAGCAUGGGCCGUGCCGACGAAGUGGUUCAAGAACGAAUCUCCGAUGACGAAUGCAUUCUCGUUAAAGGCACAAAAGCACACACCUCCGCCUCCAUCAUCCUACGCGGAUCGAAUGAUUUCCAGCUGGAUGAGAUGGAACGGUCUGUUCAUGACUCACUUUGUGCUGUUAAAAGAACUCUUGAGAGCGGAAGCAUUGUUCCCGGUGGCGGUGCAGUGGAAACUGCGCUUCAUAUAUACCUUGAGUACUUUGCUCUCACAGUGAACUCACGAGAGCAGCAAGCCAUUGGAGAAUUCGCCCAGUCCCUCCUCAUCAUUCCCAAAACACUUUGUGUCAAUGCAGCAAAGGACUCUACCGAAUUGAUUUCGCAGCUACGCCGCCGUCACGCCGCAUCUCAAUCUCGGGCUGGUGAAGAGGAAAAGGCUCUUGCGCAGCGAAAGGCCUACCAAAACUACGGCCUUGAUCUAAUGAAAGGCAGAGUGGCAGAUUCAAUCAAGGCAGGUGUUUUGGAGCCGAGCAUGAGUAAGAUAAAACAGCUUAAAAGUGCGGUUGAAGCGUGCAUUGCGAUUAUGAGAAUUGAUACUCUUAUCAAGUUGGAUCCGGAACAAAAGGCGGAAGAUGAUGGGCAUGGUCAUUAG